GGAGACACCGGCGCGGGGGCGGGUGAACCUGCUGCCUCGGUUACUGGGGAGCAACACAGACGCUUCGGGUUACAGGCGCCCCUGCCCGGCCGGAGCGGGCCGCCAUGGAGCGCUCCCUGCACCGCGUCUCCCACGGGAGCCGGCGCGCCCACCCGGGCUUGUCCUUCUACCUCACCACCUUUGGUCAGCUGAAGCUGUCCAUUGAUGCCUGGGACCGGGUUCUGCUGCUUCACAUCAUAGAAGGCAGAGGCCUAAUGAGCAAGGAGCCUGGUGUCUGUGAUUCCUACGUGAAGAUUUCUUUGAUCCCUGAAGAUAAUCGACUACACCGUCAGAAGACGCGGGCUGUUCCAGACUGCAGAGACCCAGUCUUCCACGAGCACUUCUUCUUUCCUGUCCAAAAGGAAUACGAACAGAAGCGCCUUCUGAUCACUGUGUGGAACAGGGCAGCUGACUCCAAACAGAGUGGACUCAUUGGUUGCAUGAGCUUCGGGCUGAAGUCCCUCCUGACUCUGGACAAGGAGAUCAAUGGCUGGUACUACCUGCUUGGGGAGGACCUGGGCCGGACCAAGCACCUGAAGGUGGCCAGACGGAGACUGCGGCCCUUGAGAGACCCAUUGUUGAGAAUGCCAGGAGGCGAGGACACCGAGAACGGGGGGAGACUCAAGAUCACCAUCCCGAGGGGGAAGGAUGGCUUUGGCUUCACCAUCUGCUGCGACUCUCCGGUCCGAGUCCAGGCUGUGGAUUCCGGGGGCCCGGCGGAGCUGGCGGGGCUGCAGCAGCUGGACACGGUGCUGCAGCUGAACGAGAGGCCUGUGGAGCACUGGAAAUGCGUGGAGCUGGCGCACGAGAUCCGGAGCUGUCCCAGCGAGAUCAUCCUGCUCGUGUGGCGCAUGGUCCCCCAGGUCAAGCCGGGUCCAGAUGGCGGGGUCCUGCGGCGGGCCUCCUGCAAGUCGACCCAUGACCUCCAGUCACCCCCCAACAAGCGGGAGAAGAACUGCACCCAUGGGGCCCAGGCACGGCCAGAGCAGCGCCACAGCUGUCACCUGGUGUGUGACAGCUCGGAUGGGCUGCUGCUCGGUGGCUGGGAGCGCUAUACUGAGGUGACCAAGCGUGGAGGCCAGCACACCCUGCCUGCUUUGUCCCGUGCCACUGCCUCCACCGACCCCAACUACAUUAUCCUGGCCCCACUGAACCCUGGGAGCCAGCUGCUGCGGCCUGUGUACCAGGAGGAUGCCAUCCCCGAAGAAUCAGGGAGUCCCACUAAAGGGAAGUCUUACACAGGCCUGGGGAAGAAGUGCCGCCUGAUGAAGACGGUGCAGACCAUGAAGGGCCAUGGAAACUACCAGAACUGCCCUGUCAUGAGGCCGCACACUCCGCACUCAAGCUAUGGCACCUAUGUCACUCUGGCCCCCAAGGUCCUGGUGUUCCCUGUCUUCGUUCAGCCUUUAGAUCUUUGUAACCCUGCCCGGACCCUCCUGUUGUCAGAGGAGUUGCUGUUGUACGAGGGGAGGAACAAGGCUGCUGAGGUGACGCUGUUUGCCUACUCUGACCUGCUGCUCUUCACCAAGGAGGACGAGCCGGGCCGCUGCAACGUCCUGAGGAACCCCCUCUACCUCCAGAGUGUGAAGCUGCAGGAAGGUUCCUCAGAAGACCUGAAAUUCUGUGUGCUGUAUCUAGCAGAGAAGGCAGAGUGCUUAUUCACUUUGGAAGCGCACUCGCAGGAGCAGAAGAAGAGAGUGUGCUGGUGCCUGUCAGAAAACAUCGCGAAGCAGCAACAGCUGGCAGCUUCGUCCCCGGAGAGCAAGAAACUCCACCCUUAUGGCUCUCUCCAGCAGGAGAUGGGGCCGGCCAACUCAACCAAUGCUACCCAGGAUAGAAGCUUUACCUCAUCAGGACAGACUCUGAUUGGCUGAGCAAACCCAAGGGCGGGACUCUGCUUCUGGCAACUUAACCCUUUCUUGGGCAUCCCCUACCACACAGUAACCUCACCUCAACUGGACCCAAAACGGAGGACCAAGAUGGUGGGCCUAGGGCCAUCUGAAGGGAGUGGCCCCAUGGGUGUGUGUGGAUUGGCAUCGGAAGGACCACAGUGGUGUGAGAGGCCCUGUGGGCAGAGGCAGACUGGCAUCAGAAAGUCCCAAAUGGAGAAGACCCAGAAGCUUAUUCCCUACAAAGAAGAAGGAGGUGAAAUAGCAUCUGAGCUUCCAGUGGUUCCAGCCCCCGCCUUGGGGGCAGCAGGAGAGGCUGGGAGAGGUCAGCCCUGAUGGAGAACCGUGCCAAGAUCUGCUGCUGCCAGAAGAUAUCUCCACCCAUUCCCUCACUUUUUCAUCUGAACUCAUGCAUUCAUUCCUUCAUUCACUGGAUAUUUUGAGGGCAUCAACUUUAUGCCAGGCUCUGUGCUAGGAGCUGGAGAUUCUGUGGAGAAUGAGAAGGACGUGGUCUCUGCUCUUAUCAAGAUUUCAGUCCGAGUAGGGGAGUGAGCAUUAAAUACACACCAACACAUGCACACGCGCAUGCGCGCGCGCACACACACACUUGCGCACGUGUGAUUACCAACUAUGACAAUCUACUAAGGAAAAGGGAAGAUUCCUUUAAGAGAGAAUAUUAUUUGGAUUGCUAUGUGUGGGGGUGGGGGAGGGGAGGGGAAAAAACAUGACUUUUAAGCCGAGACCAGAAAGGAGUUAGCCAGUCAAGGACUUUGGAAAGAGUGUUCCAGGCUGAUGGAACAGCCUGUGAAGAGUACAGCAAGGAGCUUGGCAUGCUGGAGGCCAGACCAGUGGAGCUGGAGCUUAGAGAGGAGGAAGGCCAGGUGGGUGGGGGCCAGGUCCUCCAGGGCUUGGUGGUUAAUGUUUUAUUGAUCUCAUUCUAGAUUCAGUGGGAAGCUAUUGAAGGCUUUUGAGAAAGGGAGUGGCAGAAUCUCAGGAACAGUUCUAGAAGAUGGGCACGCUCAGGGAGGUGCCCAAGUGGGUGUGAGGAGAUCAGUUUGUUGGGGGGGUUCCUUCAGUCUUCCCGGUGAGGGAUGAUGGUUGCUCAUCCUGUUUGGUGGCUGGGAGGUGGGUAUGUGAAUGCCCAGACCCUGGGAUAGGGGAGGCUCUGGGAUGAGAAGAGAAUUCCCUGUCCCUCCACCCUCCUGGCCCUCAUCCUCCACUGUGUCUCACUCCUUCAGUGGAUGCAAGUAAGGAUGGGGCCUUCCUCACAGAGCCUCCUCCUUGCUCGGUCUGGGCAGGGACCAGUGCUGACUUCCAGGAAUGUCCCUGGGGGUUGGAAGCAGUGGGUGCUUUGCCUGGCCAAGGUGGUCGAGUUCACAGCACCCUAGCCUCAGCAAGGGCAGCCUAUGCUGUCCCUCCAUCCUGUGCUGAAUGGUCUGAUAGGAAGCUGGAACACAGCCCCCUGGAAACUGACUGGGUGUGCUUUCUGUAGAGCUCCUGAGGUCAGGGACUGGGGCUAAGUGUGGCUUAGCAACUCUAAAGGAGACUGACCUACCAGAAGGCUGAAGACAAACCUACCAUGGGACAGCAAUUAGAGCUCGGCCUGCUCACUGCCUGCAGCACCUCCUGCUGGAGCCCAGGGUUGGGCAGCUUUCACACCCUGUUCUAACUGCCCAGAUCAUAGCUCACACACAAAGGGUAUGUGUAGGAUCAGGGUCACUUGCAGAGAAAGGGUCAAGAGAGGUGGAGAGAUGGCUCAGGUCAGAGAAGCCUCUGGGCCUUGGACACUCUCUGCAAUGUGUCCUGUUAAGACCUUCUCAGUACCUUUAGAGGGAAUUUUGUGCCUUGGUGAAUUUGCUCAGCUGCUGUGGCCACUUGAACCCCAAGAAGGGUGGCCCAGAAGAGAAUUCGUCCCUUACCUCCUGCUUAUCCUCCCUCCUCCUAACCUGGGAAAGAUCAGACGUGUCGUACCAACAAUCCGACAGGGGAUGGGAUGCAUCUGCCCGUGACCAGGACAAUGGCCUGCCCAGCAGGGGGCUACACUGGGCCUGAAGUGGGACAAGUGAUCCACAGUGUCCACCAGCCAAGACGCAGCCUGCAGGGUUAAUUGUGAGAGGCUGAGAAGCUGGGUCUGCCCAGACAGCAAGCUGCACUGUCAUUUCAUUUGAUUCCCGUACCAAAUGACAUUAAGGGGAUUAUGAGGCACAAGAGACUCGCCUGUCUGGGAAGGCAGCAAGCUUUUCUCUCCAGGACCUGGGGACCUACCUCUGUCCACCAGACAGGUGCAGAGGACGGGAACUCCGGUCACGGGGAAACGGAGACUCUGAAUACAGCAAUUAGCCCAGGGGACACGGCUUUCCUCACGUGAAGGCCUUAGAUCUGGCCGGCUGCUGUGUAGCGGACGUCAGCUCCUGGAGCGCCCUGGGCCCAUCUUCCUGGUGACUGUGGUGAGCCACAGCACCAUUGCUGCUGUGCCUCGCAAAUUGAUGAAACAAUUAAUUUGGCUCCAGGGGCUCGAGAAGAUGAAAUAUGACCGCGUGGCCACUGCUCUUUAGCAUCCCAGUCCAUCCCGGCCGUCCAGGAUGAUGAACAAGCCAUCGAAAUCCCGUUUGAGAGUCAUAAUCACGGGAAACACGGCUGAGCCCCUCCCUCCACAUAAAUCACCUAAGAAGCUCACACAAUGGUCUCUUUCCUGAUGGGCCAAUUGUCUUGGUGUGGUGUCUCCGGGCCUACAGAGCUGGGAGCAUGGGAGCACAACCAUUUAUUGUUGAAAAGGCCAUCUGUGCGAUUUGAAUACAAAGUGAUUCUUUAAGUUCCCCGCUUGUCCUUUGAUCCCAUUUUCUUGUUUUCUUAUUGUCUCGGGCUCUGGGUCUGUUGAAACUCCUGGUCUCUCCUGUAAGCCGUCACGCCCGGGUCUCUGAUGGCCUAGGUCCUUUGGCCCUUUGGGAGUUGGGACCUGUUGGAAAUAAUGAUGACUUUUUAAAAUGUAUGUCUUGUUUUUUUCA